AUGGCCCCGAUCAUGGCUGCAGCUACUUCAAGGCCAAAGAAGCAGGCUGCCCAGACUGGCCGUGUGGUGAAGAGGCCGGCACGUGGAUUCCACAGGUUCCGCAAUGGCAUCAUGAACGUCACGCCGAAAGGAGGAGAGAAGGAAUUGGUCAAGAACAACCAGGAGUCGUUUCUACUAAAGCUCCCCGGUGAGCUCCGACAUAAGAUCUGGGAAUUCGCUAUUGGUGUCAACCUCUUCCGCCCAACUUCCGUCCAGAUUACACAGACAAUUUGGGCCAGACGAAUGGUGCCACGUAUCACCGAUCGCGAGCAUGCCUUAGCACUCCUCCAGACCUGCCGACAGAUCUAUGCCGAGACUGCUCGUCUCCCCUACAAAUCGGGCAUUUUGAAUGCUGUCGACUACCGCUACAUUAAAAGGGAUCUUAGUUACCUGAAGCCUUUCCAGCGUGCUCAGUUUUCCGAACUUCGACUGGAAGCUUAUCACGAGAAUCUGCUGAUUCGACCCGAUCCUCUCAUCACUGAUCUGUCGAAGAAGGGCAGGUACAACCUCGAUUUCCUCCCAGGCCUGAAAUGUAUCCGAGUAGUAAUCUUCAAGAAACGCAUUUGGGUGGGCCACAAUAUUGCUUCGCUCGUGGCAGGUGUGCGGGCAAGACUAGACCUUAUGCUUGUGGGCAAAAACAUUGCUAUCACUGUCGAAAUCGUCGACGUGACUCCGGAGGAGUAUUGUGACUUGGGACGGACAGCAGUCGCUCUCGCUUGGCACACUGGGAAAGCUGUGAGAUCAUUUCGCUGA